CCUAUUAAGCAUAUAAACUUUAAAUGUAUGAAUGAAGGGACAAUAGAGAAAGAUAAUGUUAAUUUGUGGCUCAAGUUUAUUGCCACACUAUGGAUCCUCCAUGCCUUACCUACAUGUUGGAGGUUUUCAAAGUGAGAGGAAUUGGCACAACAAGAAGAAGAAUUCAAGUAGAAGAAGCAUGAUGAUGACUUGCAAAUCUGUGCAGAAUGAGAGUAUUGUCAAAAGAGUAUGUCACAAGUAUAGUCUUACCCUUGCUACCUUCCUCACAACUGCUGUGGUAAUAGCAUCAAUUGCAACAGUUGAUGCAGCAACUUAUGAUGAACAAGAAGAGACCCUAUCAAACAUACCUCAAACUCUAUCAGGUGAGUGCAAAACAGCUCAAGAUUGCAAGAAACCUAAAAUACAGAAACCAAAGUCAAGAAAAGCAGAAUCAUGCACAGGUAAGUGUGUCACUACAUGCAUUAGAGGUGGUGAUGGCUCUCCUGGUGAAGGCCCUCUUAACAUCAUAGGACCACUCGUUGUUUUCAAGCAAGGUUUUCGAUCUCGUCAUUACUGUUUGGUAGAAUGUUCAGAUAUCUGUAAUUUGAUAAGCAGUGCUGACAACGUGCCUUGAUAUUAUUAACUUUAGGGAAGCAGUCGACAUUAAUAAACCUUUGUAUAAUGUUUAUGUGACCACUUCUUUCAUUUUCUACACACUGUCAUUCUUUUACACAAAUAUUUUAUUUUUCAUCA